AACAGGCUUGUCAAUGUCAAUAUUUGUAAUGGUUGUCAAACUUAAUCUUAAUUUUAUUUUUAAACUAGAAUGGCAGAGGAAGACGAAAUAGAUGUUCUUGGUGAAUUUAAUUUGGAUAAUUAUCUUGUGAAAAGUGAUUCGAAUCUUUACAGUUCCACAUCUUUGGUAUCUCAAAAUACAGAGUUAUUGAACUGUGACUACACUAUUCAUCCCCAGUGGCUUCUAGACAAACCAAGUGCAAAUCCAGAUAACUGGUACGAUACCAGCUCUUCGGCGUCAUCUUUAGAUAAAAUCCAAACAGAAAGUGAUUCUCUUGGUCACGUGUCAACAGAAAACUCAAUUACUGACGAAAGUGGUUGGACAGAAAAAGAAAAAAACUUGUUGGACAGAGGCAUUGAAAUAUUUGGCAAAAGCAAUGUAAGGCUGUCGCAAUUUAUUGGUUCUAAAACUUCAGCUGAAGUAAAGUAUUAUUUAAAAAAUUUUUACUUAGAUGGGCAAAAUACACAUAAGAAUCUUAAUGAUGGAAUAUUUGAAGAACUAAGUACUACUAAUUUAGUUUCAGAUGUAUUAAAUGAUACACAGAUACCCGCAAGUAUAGAAGAAGUAAUAGAAGCUGUAAGUACAGCAAAACCAACAGUGCAAAUGCAUAAGAGAGCUCGGAAAAGGAGCUCCUCUAACAGUGAUUUAUGUGACAUAAAUUUAAAAGAUGUACCAAGAGGACACUCACUUUUAAAGUCAAACUAUAAGAAAAAACAUUUGUAUAAUAGCCAUAGUAAAAAUAAGAUACAAUCAAUGGAAUUUAAAAUUAAGACAAAAUUAAGAAUGGCCCCAGAAAUGAAAAGUAAAGGUAACCAAAAAAUUGUAAAUAUACAAAAACAAACAUCAGAAUUUAGGAGAGUUGAAAUUACCACGGGAAAAGGUCUUGCAGUCCCUAUUUGUGAAGGAGAAGAAAUUGUUAAGAUAAAAAAAAUCGAAGAUGACUCUGAUUUAGAUAUAGAAGUUGACAUAGAAGACUCUGAUGAAGAAUUUAAAAUUAAGCCAGACACUCAUAACACAGCACUCGGAAGUGAAAAUCUAAUAGAUGACCAAGGAGAUAUUAAAAAUAAAAUGGAAAAAAGUGAUUUUGUCACAAAGCAAUAUGUGGAUUUAUGUUCCCUAAAUGAAUCGACAGUCAUAGAAUUAAUGAGUAUGGAAACACCUAAAUGUGAAAUUAAUAUGGAUGAAAACAGCAUAACGGAGUUGGAGAAAGUAAUUCAUUCCGACUUCUUUGAAGGUCGACCAGCAAAAACUCCACGAAGAUAUAAGAAGAUAAGAAAUCAUAUAAUAUAUGUCUGGAUCUCUCAGAAACCAAUUUAUGUGACAAAGACAUUAAUACGUCAAGGACUAAAAAACUGCGGUGAUGUGAAUUGUAUUGGACGAAUUCAUUACUUUUUAGAACAGAUUGGAGCCAUAAAUUUCGGAUGUGCACAAAUAAGCUAUAUUCGACCAUUAUACAGUAUAAUUCAACCAAAUCCUGUAGUGAAAGACAAGUUUGUCAAGGAUGUAAAAAUUCAAUCCAGGCCCUUCAACACUUUAGGAAGUAGACCCAGAAACAAAAGAAAAUUUAAUAAUGAUGGUGAAGGAGGCUGUACGUUAACCCAUGAUGAAUUGGGUCAUGUAAUAAAUACAACAGUAGUAAAUGAAGAACCAAAGCAAAGAUUGUACAUAAAGAAGCCAGUCGUGCAGUUAGUGUAUUGCCGAUCUUUUACUGAGGAUAAACCACAACCUUACAAGAUUAAAAUACAUCUCUCUACAAUGCUAAAAAUGGACUUUCAUGCACAUACCUCUUUAACAGAGGUAAUGGGACUUGUAGGAGGAUAUUGGAUUUCAAGUGAAAAUGUUCUUAUAAUUACUCACUAUGAACCCUGCUUUAAUAUUGCAUCAUCUGCGACCCACUGUGACAUGUGUCCAAUAUCUCAAGCCAAAGCCGCAGACCUCAUUCAUGGCAAGGGUCUCGAUAUCCUAGGGUGGUUUCAUUCACACCCUACUUUUGCUCCGGAACCAUCACACCAAGAUAUUGAGACCCAACUAACUCUUCAACAGUGGAUCGGACAUAAUAAGCCCUGCAUAGGAUUCAUCUUGUCUCCCUUCAAUUUAAGUGGUGCCCUUAUCGCUUCUCCAUUUAGAUGCAUGUUUGUUGAUAAAAAACUAAAUUUCGAAGAUCAAAUGGUGCCUUAUAAAUUUAAGGUUGAGCUUUUGAGUGAAGAUUUCAUACUUAAAGAGUUCCUGGGGGAUAUUAGAGAGGUGUUUGAGAUGGAUUUUAAGGACGCCAAGAACGUAAAAUUUAAUAAGCCCUAUUUUCAGAAUCCAAGCAUUAGUUAUCUUGAGAAGUACAUUUCAAGCGUACGUAUGCAUCUUGCUAAAUGUGGAACACUGCACAAAAUGGUUUGUGACAAUAUUAUUCAAGGUAUUUUAAAUAUUUGCAAAGAGAGUAGCUGA